AUGUCGUCCGGCAUCGGCUCGCUCUUCUCGUCGCUCUUCGUGUACCUGCGCUCGCUGCUGUUCGCCAAGCACCUCGAGAUCUGCGUGGUGGGCCUGCAGGCGGCGGGCAAGACGUCGCUCGUCAACCUGCUCUCGUCCGGCCAGUUUGCAGACGAGAUGGUGCCCACGGUAGGAUUCAACAUGCGCAAGGUGCGAUCCGGCAACACCACCAUCAAGGUGUGGGACAUUGGUGGCCAGCCGCGCUUCCGCAGCAUGUGGGAGCGAUACUGUCGAGGCGUAUCCGCCAUCGUGUUUGUCGUCGACUCCUCCGUACCCCUUCCCUCCUCCUCAGCUUCAAAGCAAAGCACGGCCUCGAAGUCGACAUCACCACCUGCGCAGGCAGACGCAACACCAGCGGCAGGUGCGGGGCAGAAGGUCGAUGCGGCUACGCGAGCGAGCACCGCAAGUGCGUCUGCUUGGACUGUGGCGACAGAGGAACUGCAUGCGUUGAUCGAGAGGCCCCAUCUGGCGGGUGUGCCGCUGCUCGUGCUUGCGACCAAGAACGAUAUCAAGGGCGCUGCUCGCGUAGACGACGUCAUCCGCGUCAUGAAGCUCGACACCAUCGCAAAUAGGGAGGUCAGCUGCUACAGCAUCAGCUCCAAGAACCAGGUCAACAUCGACGUCACGCUCAAGUGGCUCGUUGCAAGGAGCCCUGCCGGCCAGCGAUGA